CUUCCACCACUUCCGCCUCCGCCUUCCACUCUCCCGUCUAGUUGGGAGGGAGACCUCACUUUCACGAUCUAUACAUGCUAUAGUAGCUGAAGUUUGCUUAAAUGAGCGGUCGCAAGCUCAACGCCCUCGAGCAGAAGAUUCACCAGGCUGCACUCGCUGCAGAUGACCGGACGAUAGCGAAUAAGGAGCUUGAGACUCUCGCUCCAGAUCAAGCGGCGCGAACCACGGCGACCAACUUUCUGCUCGGUGCCGGGCUCUUCAAGGUGCUGAAGGAUGGCAGUGGGAAGCUGAUGUUCCGAGCUGUCGUGAAGAAGGAACUCGAUGCGUGUAAGGAUCUCUCAGGCGAGGAAAGCCUUGUCCUGAGUCACAUCCAGGCUGCUGGGAAUGAAGGUAUCUGGACAAAACAUAUCAAAGUCAAGACCGAGCUGCACCAGACAGUCAUCGACCGAUGCCUCAAGUCUCUUACGCAGAAGAAGCUCGUGAAGUGCAUCAGCGGAAGCGUGCAACAUCCUACGCGCAAGAUCUACAUGCUCUUCCACCUAGAACCCUCGACAGAGAUGACCGGCGGCCCGUGGUACACCGACAAAGAACUUGACACCGAAUUUAUCAAGCUCCUGACGGCGGCAUGUCUCAAAUUCAUACGCGACCGGAGCUUCCCGCGUUCCAAGACCGGGGAAUCAUCGCAGCGGCUGCUGUAUCCCAUCUCGGCUGCACCAUCGUACCCGACCGCCGCGCAAGUUCAAGGGUUCCUGAAUAAGAGCCGGAUCACUGAAACGCAGCUGACUGUUGAGCACGUGGAGACGCUCUUGAACGUGUUGGUGCUGGACGGUGAUGUCGAAAAGGUGCCUGCGCUUGGUGCUACACUGUGGGAGUCUGCUCUGGGCGAAAGUGAUGAGGGCAGCUCGAGCGAAGAAGAGAAGCCAAAAGGCAAGAAGCGCAUGCGGGAAGAGGACAGCUCCAAACGGAAGAAGAAGCGUCACAAAACUGAGGACUCUUCCAACGAGAGCGACUCCGACUCUGACGACGGCAGCGGCAGGCGCUAUAAAUCGAAGUCGAAAUCCGAGUCGAAAAGCAAGUCCAAGAAGCGGAAGAAACAUGCUACCGAUUCGGAGAGCAACGGUGGGGACGAGUCGGAGGGCAGGCGGAAAAAGAGAAAGUCCAAGAAGCUAAGGUCGCGCGACAGCUCCGACGAGAGCGCCUCCGAGGCCGAGGCCGAGCCUGAGGAGGCCCACAGGAGGAAGAAGCGGGGCAAAAGCAGGGGCAAAAGCAAGACCAAGACCAAGACCAAGAACCACGCCUCCGAUUCCGAGAGCGAAAGCGAGCCCGACGUGAGCUCGCCGCCGAAGGCUCCGUCGCGGUCGCGCUCGAAGGGCAAGGCGAAGCGCGAAACCUCGCCGGAAGAGCUGACCUUCGAUGACGACGCCCUGGGCGGCGCACACGUGUAUCGUGCGGUAUAUCCCGAACGCAUGGCGCACUUUGGCAUCGCGCAGGCUCCGUGCGGGCGCUGCCCCGUCUUCGACUUCUGCAAAGUCGGUGGGUCUGUGAACCCUCAGGAGUGCAUCCACUAUGCAGACUGGCUCUCUGCAGCGGAGGUCAAGCUGGUGUAAAACAGCUGAGACAACAGGAUGGCCUUUACGUCUCUUGACUGCAGUCGCGGCGCAUUUGCUGCCGGAGGGGUUUACUCAGCGCCCGGUCAGGUUCUAGACCAGUCUUUCCUGCGCCACACCAACAGUAUAGUUCGCGCGCUUCAUCUUCGCUACCUUACUUUUGAUGUCGCUUGCGGCCAUCAUCCACUUGUUAAGGCUGUGUGCUUGAUACAUGUCGUCAAAGAGCAGCGUGCCAAGUAAGGGACUCAGGGGGCGGCACAUCUCGAGUAUGCGAAUGAUUACUGACAGCUUGGCUUGUAGAUAUAAAUAAGCUUUUGGUCUCAUUUGAGGUGGCUGUGCAAUGACGGGCUACUACAUAAGCAU